GGUGAGCAGAGUUCGCCAAACAUCAACGGUAGACACGCGCCACUCCAUUAUUAUUGUCCUCAGACCAUUCUCAUUACCACCUAAACUAUUAAAAUGCGAUGAACAAUCACAGUGUUUUUCUUGCGCCUUUAUAAAUUAGGCAAACAUGAUGCUUUCGCCAGUACUGUGGACAGCUGUUUUAUUUACUUUCGUAAAAGCCAGCAUCAUGCACAGCGGUGCAACUGAAUCACCAGAUACGGAGAGCGGCUCGGGGAUGCUGCUGACAGAACCAAUAGACCUUCUUGAUCAUCUGUGGCAGGUGGCUAAUCGCAGCAAUGCAUCAGUAACACAGGAAAGCCAAAGAUGUCCAGUCCUGCAUGUAGGCCAGUACUCCACCCUCUCUAUACCACUACGACAGGUGUUUGGACACAGGUUUGGUGAUGAGUUCAGUUUGCUGUUGCAUCUGCGUAGCUCCCAGUCUGAAGACCGCAGUGUGCUGACCUUCCUCUGCCCAGACGGACACAUUCUCCUGCAGAUUCGUAUUAGUGCCUACACCUUUACCUUCAUCAGCACCCAACAACGACACUAUGAGUUCCCCGUGGCAGUGCUGUCUGAUGGGGGUUGGCACCGCAUGGCGGUCAGUGUCUCCUCGGGCCGGUUGGCGUUGUAUGUGGAUUGCUCCAUGGUUGAGAGCGUGGACUGGGCAUACAAGGACGGUUUGGGAAUCUCCACUGAUGGCCUGGUUAUGGUUGGUGGAAUCAUUGAGGGUUUUGAGACACCUUUUGAGGGUGAUCUGAUGCAAGUGGCCUUUCUGAUGGGAGAACCAGAUGCAGCUCGAGAUCAGUGUGCCGUUUUCCAAUCCCAGUGUGGCGGAACCGGACACAAACCACCUCGCUCUCCUCGCAUACACACUGAAGAGGAACUUCUGCUGUCUUCAAAUAACCUGGAGGACUUAUUAGAGACAGCAGAGGACAGUGUCUAUUUUCGUGCAAAACUGACUGGUCUCCAUAGAUGUGGGAUUAUACGUGGAGACGGUACUCUGCCUACUGGAUCCAAACGUCCUGGCCUUGUGGGGCGAGGUAAUGUGUUUGAGGUGGAUGAGGAUACAGACCUGGUAGACCAAAGCAUCUUAUCCAAAAAUGGUGGUAAACCUUCCAAAACAUUCCCAACUGACACAACAAGCAGCCGUGACGGAAAACCAGAAUCUAAAUGUCUAGAUGAAAACAUCACCACUGACAAGCACAAACCUGGCAAACCUUCACCAAAGAAACCAGUGGAUACCAUAAUUAUCAACCUGGAUGUUCAGAUACCCGAGAAACCUACCGGAAGUAUUGUACCUAGUAGCGAAAUUCAACUGGAAACCACCUCCAGUCCUGAGGAUCGAGAAUCCAACUUGUUAAAAGAGGAUUUGGGGUUCACCACACAGGCUCCUGUGAGAAAAACUUCUUGGGAGGGCAUCUCAAAAGGAAGUGGAAGAAAAACAUUCAAAACUCCAGAUAUCCCUGUAGGACCUGGCUGGGGAUCUGAGGAGCACCCAGGUACCGUUAUAUUUACAGAAAGGCAUGGAGAUCUUGUGCGUGGCUCUGAUGGGAAUAUGUAUCGCAUUCAAAGAGGACCCAUGGGGCCAGUGGGGCCCCAAGGUGAGCCUGGAUGUCCUGGGAGUGAUGGCUAUCCAGGACCCAAAGGUGAUAAGGGUUCCAUUGGGCUUAAGGGCCGUCCAGGUCGCCGUGGAGUCCCAGGACCUCCUGGGCCACCUGGGCUGCCCACAUUCUACCUGUGGAGAAACACACCUGAGGAAUGGGCUGCAUUUCAGCAAACUUCGUUCUUCCAGCUUCUCCGUGCAGGUUGGCCUAGAGCGCAAGGUCCGCCUGGUCUGGAAGGAGAGAUGGGGAAACCUGGGCCGCAGGGGCCACCUGGGGAGCCAGGUGAACAAGGAUGUCCAGGACGUAUGGGAGACAUGGGACCCCAGGGAUUAGAGGGACAGAUUGGGCCUCCAGGACCAAGGGGCCUGAAGGGACUGUCAGGUCGGGAAGGUUUACCUGGUCCCAAAGGAGAACCUGGACCUGCAGGGCCAGUGGGCCUCAGAGGGGAGCCAGGAUUUGAUGGAUUAAUGGGUGUAUUAGGAACACAAGGUCCAAAAGGUUUUACUGGUAUCAAAGGUAACAGAGGACCUGAUGGAGACCAGGGAGACAUUGGACCUAAAGGAAACAAAGGUGUUAGAGGAGCCCCAGGGGUACAGGGCAUUCAAGGUGAGCAGGGACCAACAGGCUUUCCUGGUUUCCCAGGCAUCAGAGGCCUGCCAGGACCACAGGGGAUCCAGGGAGAGGAUGGAGAAGCUGGUCCGCAUGGCAAAGUGGGAAAGGAGGGGCCAAAGGGGAGCAAAGGUCCCGAAGGCCUCUCUGGAAAGUCUGGUCCUAAAGGCCUAAAGGGUCGAACAGGGCAGAGGGGUCACACUGGCAUGCCUGGACUUCCUGGUUUACCUGGCCCAUUUGGACCUGUUGGAGCUGAAGGAAAGCCUGGUACACAGGGACUGCAAGGCCUUGUGGGUAAUGCAGGAAGUCAAGGACUAAUGGGAUUGCAAGGGAUUCCUGGAGAACGUGGUCAGGACGGACCCCCUGGAUCUAUGGGUCCACCUGGACGAGAGGGGCCUAUGGGCAGUCCAGGACCACCAGGAGAGAGGGGUUUCCCUGGAAAGACAGGAGCAGUGGGACCGCAGGGCCCUGUUGGCAUGUAUGGGCUUCCAGGAAACGUGGGUAUGAGAGGAAGACUGGGCCACACUGGAAACAGAGGAGAGCCAGGUCUAAGAGGGCCUCCUGGACCAACUGGGAAGUCUGGACCACCAGGUCCCCCUGGUCCAGUAGGAGAAAAGGGCCCACCAGGACCCCAGGGCCGUCAAGGAGAUCCCGGGCAUCAGGGAACAGAUGGGCCAUGUGGUCCUCCAGGACUUCAGGGGGUCAGUGGGGUCAUUGGAAAACCAGGACCCCGUGGAAGUAUAGGACCCCCAGGGGACCCUGGGCCAAACGGGCCCCCAGGUAUUCCAGGUCCGCAGGGGGCAAAUGGACUGCCAGGUAUAGAUGGGGAGAAAGGAGAAAAGGGAAUGAUGGGCCCUUCUGGUGAUGACGGGCCUCUCGGACUGGAAGGGCCACAGGGUCCAUCUGGUCCGUCAGGUUUGGAGGGGCCUCCUGGAAGGAAAGGUGAUAAGGGGGACAGAGGUCCCUUUGGAAAACCUGGUCUUCAAGGACCUAAAGGAGACAUUGGCCCUCCAGGUGCUAAAGGUCUAAUGGAUACACCAGGCCCAACAGGCAGUGAGGGCGAUGCUGGUCCAGUUGGAGUUGCUGGUGAUCCCGGCCCUAAAGGAGAAAAGGGUGAUAUAGGCCUGCGAGGAUUUACUGGUUUAGAGGGACCAUGGGGAGAAGUGGGGGAGCAGGGAGAGAGGGGGCUCAAAGGAGACAAGGGGCAAAUUGGACUGCAGGGUGAGUCAGGCCUCAUGGGUGGUGUUGGACCUCCUGGCCUAAAAGGUGUAGAGGGUGGACCAGGCCAUCCAGGAUUGGUGGGGCCAGAUGGACCUCCAGGAAGCAAGGGGGAGGUUGGGCCGAGUGGUUUUCCUGGUGAGCCAGGAGAUACUGGACCUGAGGGAAUUGCAGGUCCCAAAGGCGUGCGAGGUGAUGCAGGAAAAGACGGGACACAGGGAGGUGUUGGCUCAGUAGGUCCCCAAGGUCUUUUAGGCCCUAAAGGUCUCCCAGGGCCUGAAGGGGAGAAAGGAGACUCAGGAGAUAAAGGAGAACUAGGGGUGGAGGGGCCAGACGGCCUUCAAGGCAUUCAAGGAUCACCGGGACUGCCUGGUUUAGAGGGUCUACAAGGUGAGGCAGGGGUACAUGGCUCACCAGGUCUGCCAGGAGCUCAGGGUAAAAGAGGCAAGGCAGGGUUGAGGGGGACCAGAGGACCAAGAGGAGAAAAGGGAGAGAGGGGAGAUGUAGGAGAGAAAGGACUUCCUGGAUGGGGAGGAAGUAUGGGAAUCCAAGGGCUGAGAGGAGAGCCUGGGGAGCAAGGUGUCAAAGGAGCAGAGGGUGAGAAAGGAGAUCAGGGACCACUUGGUCCACCAGGGAAAGAUGACUUGAAGGGGAGUAUGGGGCCUCUUGGUCCUCCUGGACCCCCAGGACCAAAGGGGGAUCAGGGAAAUAUUGGUCCUGCUGGGCCUAGAGGGGCACCUGGAAUUCCUGGACUACCGGGCUUGUUUGGAGACAAGGGACCUAAGGGAUUUCAGGGGAAUCCUGGACCUCCUGGAAGGAGGGGCUUGCCAGGUCCGCCGGGGCCACCAGGGCCUGCUGGCGUUUCUGUGAACCUGACCCUGACCCAGAUCAAGGACCUGAUGUACAGUUCAGACAAGCCCAAUUACCCUCUGAUUCAGACACUGUUGGACACUCUGUACCAUGACCUCCGGCUGCUGGUGGACCCUCCGGAUGGCAGCAAGCAGCACCCAGCAUCUACCUGUCUGGAGCUGUGGCUGUGCCAUCCCAACUACACCAGCGGAUUCUACUACAUUGACCCAAACCAAGGCAGUCCUUUAGAUGCUCUUUUGGUCUACUGUAACUUCUCAGAGUCAAGAGCAGAGACCUGCCUUCACCCCAGAGAUGCACACCUUCCCAUAAGCACUUGGCUGAAUGACUCAGGGAAUAACAGCAAGUUCUACUGGUUAAGUUCACUGGAGGGAGGUUUUAAAUUUGAGUAUCCAGCCCUCAGUGUGGUUCAGCUGCGGUUUCUACGGCUCCAGAGCAACAGAGCAGAACAGAGAGUGACGUACUCCUGUUACCCUGGACACCGACUGGGCCAGACACAGCGACAGGUCCAGUUCCUCACAGACACCAUAAAGCAGAGCUAUUUAGGAGAACUGCAGGAUUGUGUGUCUGCAAAGGACGUGGAUCCCGGACCGCGCGAGUCCAUGUUUCAGUUUGAAGACAUGGACCUGCUUCCUUUACGUGAUAUAGGAAUGUCGGGCAACAGCAGCCACGAGUUUGGCUUCACCAUCGGCCCUUUGUGCUUCAGCUAGAGACACCCUGAAUGAUAACGGUACAUCCUGUGCAUUUAACCUUCAAUACAAGCACCAAAGAGAAGAAAACAGGACACUCUGAAGACACAUGCAGCAUCUACGGCUCGUGGUAAGGAAAUACACUAGACAGUGUCCUGUCUAUCCCUGUGCUUCCAGACAAAUGGACAAUAUCCUUUUUUGUUUACAGGGACUUUUGGCUUUGUAAUUAAUGUACUAUUUUUAUAAUAAUUUUAUUUGUUUUAGCAAUGUUUUUUAAUCACUAGCUGGUCUUGUAAUAACAUUGUAGAAGAAGCUUGGAUCGUAUCAAGUGUAAUGACAGGGUUCUGACGUGACCACUAUGUGGUUGCAUGGUUUAAGUUUCAGCUGUUUACUAUUUAAUCAUGUACAAACGGUUAUCAUGGAUUAACUGGUUAUUAUGCAUUAUUAGGUGAGUGUAUGAAUGACACUUUUCCCCCUCUCGUUUAAGUGUCUAACUUGAAUUGUAAGACUGAUAGAAACAAAGCGUCCCAGUGAGGACACAGCUAACCUUCCCAUGAGGUUUGGAUAUCAGGAAGUCUGUGCUACCUUUCUGUUUUCUCUGUUCAUGUCAUGAUUUGAUUUCAGAAAUGGUCAUGUUACCUAAAUAUGUAUAUUAGAUGAUUUAUGGGUGCUAAUAUAAUACAAUUAAUAAUAAUAUUAUAAUAAUAAUACAAUU